AACCGAAGCACCGAGUGCUCCGGCAGAAAAUAGUCCCUUCGGAAUGUGUAUCUUUCACACUCAAACAAUUGUUGUAUUAGACCAGGUUUAAUGUCUUCGACCGGGAACAAGUGUCUUGACCUAUCGGUUGCGUGAUUUUAUCAGCCACCGUAGCGAUUUCGAAUGUGUUGAAAUCCGCUGGACGAGAGAGGCUGCAUGUAAUCAAGUCCAACAAUAGGCAGCAGAGAAAGAGACGGAGGGGAAGGAGAGAAGGUACAGGAGGGGGAGGGUUGGCAUGUUCUGCUCCCGGGGCGGAAGGAGACGUUGCGCUCAGGCAGGAGAAUGAAUCGCAGCGCCACCGAGCCUGGAACCUCCGACGUAGUAGAAUGGAGCUGAGAAGAAUCACAGUUACAUUGUAGCCAGAAACAAACCCCUCCGACGUAGUAGAAUGGAACUGAGAAUAAUCACAGUUACAUUGUAGCCAGAAACAAACCCCCGAAUAUUGUUCCAAUAUAACAGUUCCGUCGGAGGAAUAGAAACACAGCGAUGCGGACCAGGCGCUGAACAGGAGCGGCCGGGGUGAGAACAAGGCAGAAAGAUGGGCGCCGUGCUACGGACUGUGUUGUUGUGUAGUUUUUCUUUACUAAUAAGAGGUGUACCCCUCCUGCUCUAUGCCAACAGACGGGACCUGCGGCUGGUGGAUGCGGCCCACGGCAGGGCCAACGCCACGGUGGUGGUGGGCGGUCUGGAGGACGCCGCCGCUGUGGACUACGUAUACGCUCAGGGUUUGGUCUACUGGAGUGACGUCAGCGAGGAGGCAAUCAAAUGCACCACCUUCAACCAAUCAGGGCCCGGCUCGGCGGCGGCCGCCCAGACGGUGGUUGUAUCGGGGCUGGCGUCCCCGGACGGCCUGGCCUGUGACUGGUUAGGCAGGAAGCUGUACUGGACAGACUCCGAGACCAAUCGGAUAGAGGUGGCCGAGCUGGAUGGAUCAUUACGGAGAGUUCUCUUCUGGCAGGACCUGGACCAGCCCCGAGCCAUCUCUCUGGACCCGGGGAGGGGGUACAUGUACUGGACGGACUGGGGCGAGGUUCCUAAGAUUGAGCGAGCGGGGAUGGACGGUACAAACAGAGCCAUGAUCAUUGACAAGGAGAUCUACUGGCCCAACGGUCUCACGCUGGACUACAGCCAGGAGAAACUGUACUGGGCUGACGCCAAGUUCAACUUCAUACAUCGCUCCAAUCUGGACGGCACUGGGAGGGAGGUGGUGGUUAAGGGAGACCUCCCUCACCCCUUCGCUCUGACGCUGUACGAGGAGACUCUCUUCUGGACCGACUGGAACACCCAUUCCAUCCACUCGUGUCAGAAAGAGACCGGGGAGGAUCGGAAGAAAGUCCACUCGGACAUCUUCUCUCCCAUGGAUAUACACGUCUACAGCCAGAAGAGACAGCCGCUACUGUCUUCACCAUGUUCCGUGAACAACGGAGGCUGUUCCCAGCUCUGUCUCCUGUCUCCUAUUACACCUCACUACCAGUGUGCCUGUCCCACCGGAGUCCAGCUGCUAGAGGACAGCAAGACCUGCAGAGACGGUCCCACACAGCUCCUCCUCCUGGCCCGGCGGACUGACCUGCGCCGUAUCUCCCUGGAUACUCCCGACUUCACCGACAUCAUCCUCCCGACGGACGACAUCCGCCACGCCAUCGCCAUCGACUAUGACCCGGUGGACGGACACAUCUAUUGGACGGACGACGACGUCCGGGCAAUCAGGAGGUCCUACCUGGACGGCUCUGACGCUCAGUUCAUCGUCACCUCACAGGUGAACCAUCCUGACGGCAUCGCUGUGGACUGGAUCGCCCGGAACCUGUACUGGACGGACACGGGAACGGACCGCAUCGAGGUGACACGCCUCAACGGAACCAUGAGGAAGAUCCUGAUAUCAGAGGACCUGGACGAGCCACGAGCCAUCGUACUGGAUCCUGUCGCUGGAUACAUGUACUGGACAGACUGGGGCGAGGUUCCUAAGAUUGAGCGUGCCGACCUGGACGGGACGGAGAGGCUAGUGAUGGUCAACACUUCCCUGGGCUGGCCCAAUGGUCUGGCGCUGGACUACACAGACCGGAUGAUCUACUGGGGCGACGCCAAGACGGACAAGAUAGAGGUGAUGUGUAUGGAUGGUUCAGGCAGGAGGAUCCUGGUAGAAGAUAAGCUACCUCACAUCUUUGGCUUCACUCUGCUGGGGGACUAUGUGUACUGGACAGACUGGCAGAGACGCAGCAUCGAGAGGGUUCACAAACACACCACGGAGAGAGAGUUCAUCAUAGACCAGCUACCAGACCUGAUGGGGCUCAAAGCUACAUAUGUACACCAGACCUUCGGUACCAACCUGUGCGCAGAGGCUAAUGGUGGGUGUAGCCACCUAUGCCUGUAUAAGCCGGUGGGCGUCCAGUGUGCCUGUCCCAUUGGUCUAGAGCUGAUAGCUGACCUGUCCACCUGCAUCGUACCAGAAGCCUUCCUCCUCUUCUCCCGACACACAGACAUCAGACGCAUCUCCUUGGAAACAAACAACAACAACGUGGCCAUCCCGCUGACCGGGGUUAAAGAGGCGUCUGCACUUGACUUUGACAUCACCGACAACCGUAUCUACUGGACAGAUAUCACAUUGAAG